CCAUUGGGACUGGCAGCAUUUUUGCCAUAAGCUCAUGCAAUAUUAGCCAGUUAGCAAGGUUACAUUAUAUUCUUCACAUAUUCUGUGAAAGGAGUGUCUGCCUUAAUCCUGCGUCCUAAGAAUGAGCGGAAUACCAGGCACCGACGUAAUACAGAUAACUAAUCUGUCAUCAGCUGUAAACAGCGAGCAAAUGCGGACUCUUUUUGGCUUUCUCGGUGACAUCGAAGAGUUGCGCCUAUAUCCCCCCGACAAUGCCCCACUGUCUUUUUCAUCGAAAGUGUGUUACAUAAAGUACCAAGAUCCUUCCAGUGUUGGUGUGGCACAACAUUUAACCAACACUGUGUUUAUUGACAGAGCUCUGAUCGUUGUGCCAUGUGCAGAGGGGAAGAUUCCGGAAGAGGCCAAGGCACUCUCGCUUUUGGCGCCCAGCACUCCAGCGACCAACCUGCUACCCAGUGGAGGAGGGGGGCUGUUACCCAGUGGAGGCGGCGGCCUCUUGCCCAGUGGUGGAGGGGGCCUCUUGCCCAGUGGUGGAGGAGGGCUCCUACCGAGUGGAACUGGAGGGCUCUUGCCCAGUGGAACAGGAGGGCUGUUACCGAGUGGAACUGGAGGGCUCCUUCCUAGUGGAACUGGAGGGCUCUUGCCCAGUGGAACUGGAGGGGUGCUCCUACCCAGUGGCGGAGGGGGACUCCUACCCAUCCCCACCCCAUCCCCGAAUCGCUCCGUGAGUCUCCCCCCAGUGGCAGCCCUGGCAGUGCUUCCGGCUGUGUUGGACCCUUCUCUCAGUGCCCUUGGGAGUGUGUCGCAGCCUCCCAUCAUGGGGAAUGUGGAUCCCUCUAAAAUCGAUGAGAUAAGGAGGACCGUCUACGUGGGUAACCUGAACUCUCAGACGACCACCGCUGAGCAGCUACUGGAGUACUUCAAGCAGGUCGGCGACGUGAAGUUUGUGCGUAUGGCCGGCGAUGAGACACAGCCCACGCGUUUCGCUUUCGUGGAGUUCGCUGACCAGGACUCCGUCGCCAGGGCCUUGACUUUCAACGGAGUAAUGUUUGGAGACAGACCACUAAAGAUCAACCAUUCCAAUAACGCCAUUGUGAAGCCCCCCGAGCUCACUCCCCAGGCAGCAGCCAAAGAGCUGGAGGACGUGAUGAAGAGAGUCCGCGAGGCCCAGUCCACCAUCGCUGCUGCCAUCGAGCCAGCUGACGAAGAGCGCUCCUCCAGCCGCUCCAGACGUUCCAGGAGGUCUCGUUCUCGGUCCCGCUCCAGGUCCCGUUCGCGCUCGCGGUCCCGGUCCAGGAGGAGGCGCUCACGCUCCAGACAGAGGAGUAAGACGUCGCAGAGGUCGCGUCAUGGGGACUCGCAAAGCUCGCGUGGUUCCCACAGGAGGCGCUCUCGCUCUCGAGACAGGAGGCACAGCCGCAGCCGUUCCAGGGACAGACGGAAAGAGAGGGACGGUAGAGGGCGGAAUAAAGAUGACGACUGGGAAAAGGAUGACCGGCGGAAGGAGAAACGCUUGAGGACUCCUCCAAAAAGCUAUAGUGGGUCCCGGAGAUCACACAGCACAAGCAGAGGGCACAGGAAACGAAGCCGUACUCGAUCCAGGUCCCCGAGAAGGAAAGUCAAAUCCCCAACACCAAAGAGAGGAAAGAAGGACAAGAAGCGGGAGAAGACUAGAGACAGCAGCAGGGAGCGGAGGGAGCGCUCGACCUCCCGGAGGAUGAGCACCCGAGACAAAGACAGACAAGAUGGCAAGGCCAAGCACACUCCGGUGCAGUGUGACUACGACAAUGAGGAGAAAGAGUACGAGAGCGACGCGUCGGGAUCAGGCAGCGAGGAUGUGUCGCCGCCAGCACAGCACAACGGCAGUUACAGAAGCCGAAACGGGGAUGACGACGAUGACGAGCUACAUGUGGCGGAGGCCACUGCGUGAAGUACACACACACACACACACACUCGCGCACACACUCACACAUGCACAGAACUCAGACAGAAGUUCCCUGCUACUCCUUGUCAAGUGCUCGGUCCCUUGCUUCGUCCCGUAGAAGUGUACUGACGACGCCCCCGUAAGAAUCGCCUCUUGUUCUCCUUCCCAAAGCUUCUCGCUGCUGUGAAAUCCUCUCCUUGUCAUAUGAUAUUCAUAUGGGGAAAGUGGACCUGAAAAUGUACAGUUUUUUUGUUAAUGAGUAGAACUUUACUGUAUGAAUAUUGAUGGGUUUUUUUUCAUGUUUUAGAUUUAUUUCUCCCCACUUUCAUUCUAAGUGUGUUUUGUGUGUGUGUGUGCGGGCAUGCGCGUGUGCAAGCGCACAUUCGUGUGAGUGAGAGUGUGUGUGUUUUCCUAAGGAUGAUUGAUUCCAUAUAUUUGGCUUUAUCCCUAGUUGUUUUUGUCCUUUUUUUUUACUGUAACUGACUCAAUGUGGCUCUCUGCUUGACAGAUAUUUAGUCUGUGUUGAAAUCAGUUUUCUUUCAGUGUUUUGAAGCAGAAUGGUGUUCUCGGAACUUAAGACAAAACCUUUAAAAGUCAUCGGCUGGCCAGGUCUCCAGACUGUCAACAUGAAGAGGCUUAUUCUUUAUUAAAAAAGAAGUAUAUAUAUAUAUGAAUAUAUAUAUGUUGACAAAAAUGGUGUAGAAGUAUGGAAGGAAAAAGUGCCUAGACCAAGAUUGUAUAAUAUAAUAUACUGCUAUGAAAAAUAAUGAAAAGUAACACUAGUUUUUAAAAUGCACAUAUUCUAGCAUACAUUAAGAUAGAGGGCCGCAGUUUAAAGUUUGUUCGUUUCCUUCCCAAAUUUGAGAGGGGCUCUUUCAUCUUGACUAAUAGCUCUAAAGGUCCCUUGAUCUCCAAUUUUUUUUUUUUUUUUUUUUUUAAAUGUGUUUUUCUGUACUUAUCUUUUUUUAUAUACAGUAUUGUGUUGAGUCUGUCAGGUUUCAGUCUUUAGCCCUGAUACUAUUGUACUAGUACUGCACUCUUGUUACCUGUUGUACCUGAAGUAUUGGUUUGAGAAGCAGAACAGUGGGCUUGGCUCACACUUGCUGGUGUGAUUUCAGGGAGGCAGACCAAGGCAGGGCAGAUCUUGAAAACUCGAACUGAACACUCGGAAAAAUGGGGGCACACAGGCCCCACUCAUUUAAGAAAUAGAACCAUUUUAAAGGCAUAAAUUGUAUUAAAACAGCAUGAAAAAGGAUCAACCACGCUUAAGAUUCAGUAGAGCAUUUCAUUUAUUUAUUUUUUAAAUGCAGAAACCAUUAAUGCUGUUGUCAGGGCAUCUCUUGUUGUCUGUCAUUUGAAAAUCACAGAAGUAUUUGAGGUUAUGGUCGUUGGCUACUAAGACAGGGACUUCCCCAGAGGUAAACAUGGUGUAGUACAGAUAGUGGCAUCUUGGGCUUUGCUGAUUUGUGGUUCUCUUUAACGCUGUAAUUUUGAAAAACAUGAAGAAAUACUGUCUAUCUACAGAAUGGAGUUUCCUUAAAAUGUAAUAAAGAGGCUUUGCUUUAAA